UCUGCCGUCAUCGCGGCGCGCCGGGCCGGGCCGGGCCGGGCAUGGCUGAGGGGGCGGCGGGGCCGGGCGGCGCCGAGCGCUACUUCACACGCUGGUACAAGCCAGACGUGAAGGGGCGGCCGUGCGAGGACUUCUGCGUGCUGCAGCACUCCAACAGAAUCUGUGUCAUCACCUUGGCAGAAGCCCACCCUCUUCUUCAAAGUGGGAAAACAAUUAAAAACAUUAAUUACCAAAUCAGUGCAAACUGUAGCAGACUUCAGAAUAAGGUCUCUGGGAAGUCAAAAAGGGGAGCUCAGUUUUUAACAGAACUUGCCCCUCUGUGCAGGAUAUCUUCAUCAGAUGGAGAGGAAUACACCAUUUACAGUUGCAUACGAGGGCGGCUGAUUGAAGUGAACGAGAACAUCCUUAGUAAUCCUGCUCUUCUGCAAGAAAAGCCAUCAACUGAGGGGUACAUUGCAGUGGUUCUACCCAAAUUUGAAGAAAGCAAGAGUAUAACUCAGGGACUUCUGACGCAAAAGGAGUAUGAGGAAGUCUUGAUGAAACGCCGCAGUUCUGCUUCAUGAAAUCAAUUCCACACUUCCCUUCUGUGUUUGAUACUAAAUAAGUGACUUUUAUUGUACACUGUGAGUUUUAUAGUAUGGAAAAGGCCCAGUGCCAGUUUUUUAAAAGUGGAACUCCUUGAUUCAUAAAAGAAUAAAGCAGUUCAAAUAGUUUGUAUAUUAAAAUUUCUGUAAAAACUUGACAUAAAAUUUUUCUUUUUCUCUGAA